UGCCGGGAUUGUAGCGGAAGAAGAGCGUCGCUAACUUACCCUGCUAGGCUACUAGCCGCUUCGCUUUGGUUUGGGACUGAGAUUUCCAGAUUUCCAUCAAAAUGCCGGCGGUGUCUAAAGGGGACGGGAUGCGCGGACUUGCCGUCUUCAUCUCGGACAUUAGAAACUGUAAAAGUAAGGAGGCAGAGAUCAAAAGAAUAAACAAAGAGCUGGCCAACAUUCGUUCUAAGUUUAAAGGAGAUAAAGCUCUGGAUGGUUACAGUAAGAAGAAAUACGUCUGUAAGCUGCUCUUCAUUUUCCUGUUGGGCCACGACAUCGACUUCGGCCACAUGGAGGCAGUCAACCUUCUCAGCUCCAACAAAUACACAGAGAAACAGAUAGGCUACCUGUUCAUCUCAGUGCUGGUGAACAGUAACAGCGAUCUAAUCAGACUGAUCAACAACGCCAUAAAGAACGACCUGUCCAGCAGAAACCCCACCUUCAUGAACCUCGCCCUGCACUGCAUCGCUAACGUGGGCAGCAGGGAGAUGGCAGAGGCUUUCGCAGCAGAUGUACCGCGCAUCCUGGUGGCCGGGGACACGAUGGACAGUGUGAAGCAGAGUGCAGCUCUGUGUUUAUUACGACUCAACCGCACCUCUCCUGACCUCAUCCCUAUGGGGGAGUGGACCUCGCGCGUUGUUCACCUUCUCAACGAUCAGCAUCUGGGAGUGGUGACUGCUGCAACUAGUCUCAUCAUCACCCUGGCCCAGAAAAACCCAGAUGACUUCAAGACUUCUGUUUCCCUGGCUGUGGCCAGACUCAGCAGGAUUGUCACUUCAGCAUCCACAGACCUGCAGGACUACACAUAUUAUUUUGUUGCCGCGCCGUGGCUGUCAGUGAAGCUUCUUCGUCUACUGCAGUGUUAUCCUCCACCAGAGGAUGCAGCGAUUCGAGGACGUCUAACCGAAUGCCUGGAGACAAUUCUGAACAAAGCACAGGAGCCUCCAAAGUCCAAGAAAGUUCAGCACUCCAACGCGAAGAACGCUGUACUGUUUGAAGCCAUCAGUCUCAUCAUACACCAUGACAGUGAGCCGACGUUGUUGGUACGUGCGUGUAAUCAGUUGGGUCAGUUCUUGCAGCACAGAGAGACUAACCUGCGCUACCUGGCUCUGGAGAGUAUGUGCACCCUCGCCAGUUCAGAAUUCUCCCAUGAGGCUGUCAAAACGCACAUCGAGACUGUAAUUAAUGCCCUAAAGACUGAGCGGGACGUGAGCGUACGGCAGCGUGCAGUUGACCUUCUUUACGCCAUGUGUGACCGCAGCAAUGCCAAACAGAUCGUUGCAGAGAUGCUCAGUUACCUAGAAACAGCCGACUACUCAAUCAGAGAGGAAAUCGUCCUGAAAGUGGCCAUUCUGGCAGAAAAGUACGCAGUGGACUACACCUGGUACGUGGACACCAUCUUGAACCUGAUCCGCAUUGCUGGAGACUAUGUGAGCGAGGUUUGGUACAGAGUCAUACAGAUCGUCAUCAACAGAGACGACGUGCAGGGCUACGCCGCCAAAACUGUGUUUGAGGCUCUGCAGGCUCCAGCCUGUCAUGAAAACCUGGUGAAGGUGGGAGGGUACAUCCUGGGCGAGUUUGGAAACCUUAUAGCAGGAGACCCACGCUCCAGUCCACUCAUACAGUUUAACCUGCUCCACUCAAAGUUCCACCUGUGUUCGGUUCCGACUCGGGCGCUGCUCCUCUCGGCUUACGUUAAGUUCAUCAACCUGUUCCCUGAAGUCAAAGGCACCAUACAGGAAGUACUGCGCUCUGACAGUCAACUGAGAAACGCUGAUGUGGAGCUUCAGCAGCGAGCCGUGGAGUACCUGCGUCUGAGCUGCAUUGCCAGCACAGAUAUACUGGCGACGGUACUGGAGGAGAUGCCCCCUUUUCCAGAGCGAGAGUCUUCUAUCUUGGCGAAGCUGAAGAAGAAGAAAGGUUCUGGAACUGUGUCUGAUGUGGAUGACAGUCGCAAAGAGCGCAAUACCAACGUCAACGGCAGCACUGAUCACACCACAGCCACAACAAACACCAAGCCCUCCCCUCCCUCUUUUGUUUCUGACCUCUUGGCUGCAGCUCCGCCCCCUACAAACAGGCCACGCCCUGUUCCCUCCUCCUCCAUUCUGCACUCGCCCCUCUCCCCCUUAGCCCCGCAGGCUUAUGCAGUUCACAGUGCUGCACCCCUCACCCCCUUCUACCAGGUUACUUCUUCUCCGUCUUCGGAUCUUCUGGGCUUAGGAAAUAGCUCAGCAGUAAACUCAGUUAGUCCGCCAACGGCCUCCAAUGCGGCCAGCCUGCUGGUGGACGUGUUCUCAGAAAGCCUGCCUGUAGCACCUUUGGGUACUGGUUCUGCACCCAUCAUUGAGGAAAACUUCUCAAGGUUCGUCUGUAAGAAUAAUGGAGUUUUGUAUGAGAAUCAGCUGCUACAGAUCGGCCUAAAGUCAGAGUUCAGACAGAAUUUGGGCCGCAUGUAUGUGUUCUAUGGAAACAAAACAUCGACGCAGUUCCUGAAUUUUUCAGCUUCUGUGGUCUGCCACGAGCCCCUCAAUGCUCAGCUGAAUGUUCACACUAAAACUGCUGACCCUGUAGUAGACGGAGGAGCUCAGCUUCAGCAGAUCCUCAACAUUGAGUGCUUAUCUGACUUUGUGGAAGCACCGGUGCUCAAUAUUCAUUUCAGGUACGGAGGCAGUGUGCAGAAUAUUGCCGUUAGGCUGCCUGUCACUCUCAACAAGUUCUUCCAGCCCACAGAGAUGACGUCUCAGGACUUCUUUCAGCGUUGGAAGCAGCUCAGCGCUCCCCAGCAGGAGGUUCAGAAGAUCUUUAAAGCUAAGCAUUCCAUGGACACAGAGAUCACGAAAGCCAAGAUAAUUGGAUUUGGGACAGCGCUGCUGGAUGGAGUAGACCCAAAUCCUUCUAACUUUGUGGGCGCUGGAGUGAUCCACACUAAGACUAUACAGGUCGGCUGCCUUCUGAGACUAGAGCCCAACACACAAGCACAGAUGUACCGGCUUACGCUGAGGACCAGUCGAGCGUCCGUGUCCCAGCGACUCUGUGACCUGCUCUCGGAACAGUUCUGAUUGCUCGUCUGGUGGAAGAUGGGUCCUUCUUCCUCUCUCUGAAUGUGUACUGGGUCGUAUAGACCUUCUCCCUGUGCUUCCCUGACGCACUCCUGAUGGCCAGAUUGGCCUGUUUGAAGCACCUCCCUCUUUCACUUCUGUUACCUUUCACAUAUAUCCUCAUAUAAACCAAUAUUAACUCAAUGUACAGUGUAAAUUUCCUGAUGCUUUUAUUUUUUACUCAUAUAUAAAUGACCCUUUUUUCUUCUCCACAAUUUAGCUUGGCUAAUCCCGGUCUGCUUGAAUCAGGCCUUCGGUUUCAUGCGCAGAUUCAGUUUGUUUGAGGGUGUGUUUUUUUAUGCUUGUUUUAUACCAGACUUGUUAUCCCCCGACCUCAGAUGGUAUAUUAGAAGUUAGAAGAAUGGGAAGUGAAUGACAGAACCUUUUUCUUCUGCUGUUGCUCGUUUACAUAGCCUGAGAAAACAGCUGGUCAGAAUUAGGUGCCUGGCUUUGAACUAGUCAGUAAAAAUAAGUGCCUUGGUUGAAUGCAGCUGUCAUGUGGAGUGAUUUGGAAAGAAUAGAUCCUUUCUCAGGGGACAACAGCAGCUUUGCCUGAAAUCUCAUCCCAAAUCCAUUGAAACAGACAUUAUUGAGAGUCAUGAAUGGUUUGCAUACCUGGCUAUCCUGGAAGCAAAGAAUUACACCUGCUAGAGUUUUAAGGCUGCACGAUAUAGGCAAAAUACAGAAUUGUGAUUACAAUAUGCCUUGCAGUAUAUUAAAACCAUAUUGGUGGAUCAGUAGUGUGACAUGGUUAAAGACUGGCCUCCAUCAUUCAGAACAAUAUUACACUAUUAGGAAUGUUUAAAUCAAAGCAUUCAGGUAAUCCAACAAACUCGUAAAGGUGCCAGAAAGGUUUUUUUUAGCUAUGCCAUAGAAUGACCAUUUUUCAAUAGAAUUUUUAAAGAGCCUUCCAUUGAUAGAUUCUUUAGGGAAUCAGUUGUGGCUCUCAUUUGGCAUUGCUCCAAAGAACCCAUUACAGCACACUUUUUUAAGAGUAUUUGGCAGGGCUGGCAAACGAUUUGAAUAUUUAAUCACGAUUAAUUGCGAUUAGCUACACAAACUACUGCAGUUCAUCAUGAUUGACUUUGAGCAGUGCCACAGAAUAACCACCUUGAGGUUUAUUAAAGAACCAUCCAUUGAUAGAUUCUUUGGGGAAUCAAUAGAGUCUCAUAUGUGCCAUUGCUAUGAAGAACCCCUUACAGCAUGUUUAUUUUUAAGAAUAUUUACCAGGGCUUUCAAACGAUUUGAAUAUUUAAUCACAAUUAGUCGCGAUUAAUAGCAUUUGUUUUUGAUUCAUUGGUCUUUUUUGCUCAAAUUUUACAGUUAAAAGUGACCUUUCGUUUAGAAAGUACUGCAUUGCAUAGAGCUGUAAGAGUGCACAAAAUAAGAUUCAUCACAAUGUAUUUAUUGCUUUUAAGAUUUCAGUAACAUAAUUUUCAUAGUGUGAACCCCUGAACAUGAUCACGUUUUUAGUUAUCACCGACGUCCAGUGAGAGCAACUGUGUCUGCAUGUUCCAACCAAAGAGUGUAUACACUCAUUGAGGUUAUGUAUCAUAUAUGUAGGUCAUAUAUACAAUCAAUGAGGGUAUAUAUCACAUAUGCAGUCAGUAAGUGUAUAUAUAUCAUAUAUAAAGUCAAUGAGUGUAUUUAUCAUAGGUAUCAUAUAUAGUCAGUGGUUCAGCUCCUCCAUGAUUGUAGCCUCUCAUUCUUGUUCAUUUAGCUCAUGGGUUCUUGUUACAGUGGAGGAUCUCAAGGGGAACUGGAGCUCCACCAAACUGCUGCUUUUGUGAGUUUGCUGCUGGUUGAUUGGUCAGUUCUGUCCAGUGUAGUCUACUGAAGAUGCUGAAGGUUUUGCUUUAAAAGCGGUAUUUGAACGAGAGCGCAACAAUCAUGGACUCUACCAGAGCAGCAUACAGUGCUGCAGCUGGGCUUCAGCCUGCACUGCAGUUCAAAAAGGUCAAACUUUUAUUAUCCAUAAUUUAUUGUAGCGUAUUAUCACAGCCCUGUUUGUUUGUUGGAUUUUAUGAAUACUUUGAUUCAUUUCAUUUAAACACCCACAGAAACUGAUUUGCAGUCUUAACAGAGAUUUACAAGGGUUCUUUAGUAAAGAAAAUGAUUCUAUAUGAAACCCUCAGCGCUCAAAGAAUCCUCUGCAUGAUUAAAGGGAUCUUUGCAUCAUGAAAGGGUCCUUCAGAUGGAUGGAAAAUGUGCAUGAAUAUCCUAUAGACGGUUCUAUAUAGAACCUUUUGGAAAAGGGUUAUUCUAGUCUUACAAGCUUUACACUAACAAGAGAAAAGCGCUUUUGUGUUUUUCAGAAAGGUUCUGUAUAGAACCAUCUGUAGCACAUUCUCCAUCAGUCUGAAAAACCAUUUCAUGAUGCAGAGAGCCCUUUAAUCAUGCAGAGGGUUCUUUAGCGGUCAUGGUUCCAUAUAGAAUCAUUUUCUUCACUAAAGAAUCCUUGGAGAAUUGGUCAGUGAAAAAAUUUAGUGCUUUGAUGAAGCACUUAUUUACAUAUUAUAAGCCUUGGCGAUGUCUACUGUAAAGGCAGAUAUCGUGAUAACGAUUAACAGGCGAUAUAUCGUGCAGCCCUACAAGAGUUACAGGCACUGUUUCCUCUGAGAGCUCAUUUGAAGAGAAAGCAUUGUAGACAGUGCUGUUAAUUAGGGUGGGAAAGCGCUUACAGGGCUUGUUCUUUUAACCUUUUCUAUGUACUGGCACAGCCACUGCCAGCUUCUUCAUGUGCCUUCAACUUGUAUGUUCCUUCUGAUUGAUGUAAAUGUGGCUCUGUGGCUGUGUGUUUGUCAUCUGCAUCUGAGAGCAUGUCCUCCUCCCAAACAUACGGCGGGUUUUUGUGCCAAUUAAACUAUAUCACCACA